GAAUCCUUUUCUGGCAAAAAGUGGGUUCUCUAAAUUAUUCAAAAGAAAACCCUCUAGGAGAUUAUCGCACUCCACAGCCUGUCUGGUGAAUAAAGUAGCUUUUGGGAGGAUAUGUCGGGGUUUAGCUUCCCGAUCGAGGCUGGUCCGAUCUACCAGACCCUGGACAGAUGCCUGAGCAACUCUCCCCACAUAAUCGGCGGAGAACCCGCCAUGCCCAGGGAGUUCCCCCAUGCCGCUCGCCUGGGACAUCGAAACUACAAGGGCCAAGUGGAGUGGUUCUGUGGAGGAACACUCAUCAGCGAGAGGCACGUGCUCACCGCAGCCCAUUGCCACUAUUCCCCACAAGGUUCAGUGAACAUCGUGCGCCUGGGAGACUUGGAUUUCGACACCAACUACGACGACGCGGAUCCCGAAGACUUCAUCGUCAGGUACUUCACAAUUCACCCUGGUUACUACUAUCCGGAAAUGUACAAUGACAUAUCCGUGCUGAGGUUGAGUAGACCCGUUAUCUUUAACGAGUACAAGCAACCUGCUUGUCUGCCCUUCGACGAUGGGCGAUCGGUACCCUCCUUUAUAGCCAUCGGUUGGGGUCAGCAGGGGAGCGUUCCGAGAACUGAAAACAAGAGACUGCAGAAGGUAAGGUUGUUUAAGGUUGUUUCCUUUUCUGGCAAAAACUUUUGGGAGGAUAUGUCGGGGUUUAGCUUCCCGAUCGAGGCUGGUCCGAUCUACCAGACCCUGGACAGAUGCCUGAGCAACUCUCCCCACAUAAUCGGCGGAGAACCCGCCAUGCCCAGGGAGUUCCCCCAUGCCGCUCGCCUGGGACAUCGAAACUACAAGGGCCAAGUGGAGUGGUUCUGUGGAGGAACACUCAUCAGCGAGAGGCACGUGCUCACCGCAGCCCAUUGCCACUAUUCCCCACAAGGUUCAGUGAACAUCGUGCGCCUGGGAGACUUGGAUUUCGACACCAACUACGACGACGCGGAUCCCGAAGACUUCAUCGUCAGGUACUUCACAAUUCACCCUGGUUACUACUAUCCGGAAAUGUACAAUGACAUAUCCGUGCUGAGGUUGAGUAGACCCGUUAUCUUUAACGAGUACAAGCAACCUGCUUGUCUGCCCUUCGACGAUGGGCGAUCGGUACCCUCCUUUAUAGCCAUCGGUUGGGGUCAGCAGGGGAGCGUUCCGAGAACUGAAAACAAGAGACUGCAGAAGGUAAGGUUGUUUAACUAUGGAACGCACUGCAGGAUCACAGCGGAUAGAAAUGAUGAGUUCCCCGUGGGUUACAAUGCCACCACCCAACUGUGUAUCGGAUCCCAGGAGCACAAGGACACCUGCAACGGCGACUCCGGCGGACCGGUGCUCAUAUGCCACGAUGACCACCCGUGCAUGUACCAUGUGAUGGGUAUCACAUCCGUCGGAGUGACCUGCGACACACCUGAUGUUCCGGGCAUGUACACAAGGGUGCACUUUUACCUGGACUGGAUAAGGCAUCAACUGGCCAAAACUAAACCCGUUCGAAUCGCACAGUCGAUCACCGAUCGCCACCUGAAGAUGAAGAUGUGGAGGCUGUUCUCCCAGCUGAUCGUUCAGCUGGCAUGUGUUUUUGGCCAGCAGCCGGAUAUGGAUGUUGUCGGAUCUUGCUCGAGAUACAAGAAAAACGUUUUCGAGGAGAGAAUCGAGUUCGGUUUCCUGUUGCCCGGAGCUUCGAUUGAGAGUCGGAUCAUAGACAACUGCAGGAGCUACACGCCGCUCAUCGUCGGUGGUCAUCCGGCCCAGCCCAGGGAAUUUCCGCAUAUGGCCCGCUUGGGGCGUCGCCCAGAUCCGAGCAGCCGUACCGACUGGUUUUGUGGUGGCGUUCUGAUCAGCGAGCGGUUCGUCUUAACCGCAGAUCACUGCUUGGAAUCGGAAAGGGGAGAUGUGAAUGUUGUCCGAUUGGGCGAACUUGACUUCGAUUCGUUGGAUGAGGAUGCGGCGCCCAGAGACUAUAUGGUUGCAGGGUAUAGAGCCCAUCCGGGCUACGAAGAUCCGGAGUUCUACCAUGAUAUAGGUCUUGUCAAACUGACAGAGGCUGUGGUCUUUGACCUAUAUAAGCAUCCAGCCUGUCUGCCGUUCCAGGAUGAACGCUUUUCCGACUCCUUCAUAGCCGUUGGCUGGGGAAGCACUGGCCUGGCGCUGAAGCCAUCCGCCCAGCUGCUGAAGGUGAAGUUGCAGCGCUACGGAGAUGGGGUGUGCAAAAAACUGCUUACCCGGCAGCUGGAGGAGUUCCCUCGAGGAUUCGAUGGAAACAACCAGCUCUGUGUGGGUUCCGAGAUGGCCCAGGACACCUGUAACGGCGACUCGGGAGGACCUUUGCUAAUUUACCACCGGGAAUAUCCCUGCAUGUACGUAGUUGUGGGAAUCACGUCGGCUGGAUUGUCCUGUGGGUCACCAGGAAUACCCGGAAUCUACACUCGCGUCUAUCCUUAUUUAGCCUGGAUGACCCGAACUUUGUCAACGUUUUAAAUUAUUACAUCUGGAUCUGUAAAAUUAUAUAAAUUAUUUACUAAAUACAUUAAAAAUUAAAUUUUAAA